AUGCGGACAGCGGCGGCGACACCAUUCUAUUACUGGACGUGCUUCUCUUCUCAAAAACCAAUUGCUGCAGAUCCAGAGCAACCGACCAACGUCUUCGCUGUAAAACCGAAGAUUAGCCUUCAAAAACAUACAGAUAACCAACAAACCAAAGCAGGAAUCUCCCAGCAAUUCAAGGAAAAAAUCCUCUGCCUCGAAAUCAUGGGCGUCGAUUCAGGCCAGGCUCUGGCCCGAAAUCCUUCUCUCCGCGAAGCUCCAGUUGAUUCCAUCAACUCCGUCAUCUCCUUCCUUCAAUCCAAAGGCGUACACAUUAAGGAUUUAGGCAGAAUCUUCGGUAUGUGCCCUAGAAUUCUGACUUCUAACAUAAAAUCCGACCUCGAUCCGGUUUUCAGUUUCCUAUCCUCCGAUCUCGGAGUUCCUGAUCGGAAUUUCAGAAUGGUGAUCAGCAAAUGCCCGAGACUAUUAAUUUCCAGCGUCGGAGAUCAACUGAAGCCGGCUCUAUCCUACCUUCGCAAGCUAGGGUUCAGAGAUUUGAAAGCACUAGCGUAUCGAGACUCGAUUUUACUGGUCUCGAAUGUGGAGAGAACGCUGGUUCCCAAACUGGAUUAUCUUGUCAGUUUGGGGAUUUCCAAGCCCGACGCCGUACGGAUGGUCCUGCGAUGCCCUGGAUUGUUCACAUUCAGCAUCGAGAACAACUUGAAGCCGAAAUUCAACUACUUUGCUGAAGAAAUGAAAGGGAAAUUGGGGGAAGUGAAGGAAUUUCCGCAGUACUUCACGUUUAGUUUGGAGAAGAGGAUAAAGCCGCGGCAUAUGGAGGUUGUACGAACAGGAGUGAAGAUUGUGCUCCCGUUGAUGCUGAAGACCAGUGAUCAGGCUUUCAGAGAAUUGCUCACGCUAAAAAUGAGCUCGGAGUUAGAGGCAAACAAUGAAACGCUGUAG